AUGCUUUCAGUUCAACAACAACCCAAGAUCCUCAUGAUUGCGACCCAUCCACGGUCAACAUCCACUGCCCUUGAACGUGCCUUUCUUACUCGCAAAGACCUGGUGUGCAUCCAUGAACCCUUUGGUGAAGCCUUUUAUUAUGGGCCUGAGCGCAUGUCGGACCGUUACAGCGACAAGGAAUGUUCCGGGUCCGACUACUCAUCCACUGACUUUAACUCAGUAGUCAAUGACAUCAUGGAAAAGGCACGUAGCGCACCCUCGUCUCCCCAGCAACAAACAUCCUCUUCAAGAAAUGAACAGCCGUCCUCAUCGCCCCAGCUGCUACAAGACAACACAACAGUCCCCACAAUUGUCAUCAAAGACAUGGCCCAAUACUUCAUCCCUCCAAAGGAACACGGGUUGGCAGGCAAAAACCAUAUUGUGGCCAAAUCUCUUGAAGACUUUGUUUUGCCAGUUUCCACAGACAAUGGUACUAAAUCUCAUGGAAAUGAUGUCUUGCCUGUACCCAACCCCACACUGCUACCUGAAGAGUUUUUGACCUCUAUGCGUUAUGUUUUCCUCAUCCGCCCUCCUCAUCUCUCAGUUCCCUCGUACUACCGGUGCUGCAUUCCUCCACAAAGCAACGAAACUGGCUUUGACCACUAUCGCUCCUCCGAAGCUGGUUAUCGCGAACUCCGCAUUCUCUACGACUAUGUCUCUGCACUGGCUGCCAGAACUGGCUCCGUAAAGCAGCCCAUUAUCGUGGACUCGCUCGAUCUUAUUGCCAACCCAGAACCUUUGGUCCAGCGCAUUUGCCAACAGGGCGAUUUCCCCUUUGACGAGGCUAUGCUUUCGUGGGGUGAAAAUGCUGCCUACGAGACUCAACUCUUUGAAAAGUGGAAAGGAUUCCACAAUGACGCUCUUUCAUCCACAGGAUUUAAGCGUUCAAGUACCCCUGGAGCACCUGCUCGCGAGGUUCAGCAAGCUGACACUACAAAAGAUGACUUUGUCAUUGACUAUGCUGCCUGGAGAAAUAAGUGGAACCAAAGAUUUAACAAUGAUGAGCGCAUUGUCUCCGACAUUGAGAAUUCUGUUCGUGAACACAUGGAUGACUACUUGUACUUGCGCAGCCGCCGGAUGGUUGUUUAA